UUUUAUUUGUACGUCAUUUUGUAUCCUAACCUUUAGAUCUCCGUAGUUGAGCCCACAAAAAACGUUUAAAAAAUCGAAAACUGUGCUAAAACCCCUAAAAAUGUGUUCCUUGACUGGGCUGUAGCCCGUAACAGUUAAUGAUUUGCAGUUUAUUGCCCUUUUUAAUUAAUUUAAACAGAGUUUUGACAACUGUCAAAUGUCAAAAUGGCGAUCACCAAAGUAAAUAUAACCUAACAAUUUGCAUAAAAACGGCGUAAAAUCGUUUUAUUGGUGACUCAUCUCGGUUUUUCCCCCAUUUUGCGGCUCCCGGGUGAUUGUGGGGCACAAUGCAGUCGAACGUUGAGCCCGAACUGAAGCACACUUCGGGCCUCAUAAAUCCGCAAGAACGUCUCAAACACCUGAUUAAUUACAGUAAUGCGGUCGAGGUGGACUUCCACAUUCCCCCAACAAGGUACUAUCGCUCAGGCCUUGAGAUGGUCCGAAUGGCCAAUGUGUACAACAGUGAGGGCAACUACGAGAACGCCUACGUUCUCUAUUUGAAGUUUAUGACUCUAUUUCUGGAAAAAAUCCGGAAACAUCCCGAUUUUAACUCGGUUCCGGUUAAAAUGAAGGCCAUCAACCAGGCCAAGUUGAGGGAGGUGCUCCCCAAAGCUGAGAAACUGAAAGAGAGGCUUCUGGAGCAGUACAAGGAGGAGUUUAACCGAUAUGUUGCCGAGAGGGAACGGAGGAAAGAAUUGCCGAAAAAUUCAGCUGAUACGUUGGCCACUGAGACAAAUUUCGCUUCGGCUUCCACGCUGGUGGACCCCUCAAGUCACUCGUUUGUCAACGUGGAAACCCCCCGAAAUAUUGAUGACAUCACGUAUCCGGAUCCGGACGCCGCGGCGCGCCGGCCUAGGCCUGUGCCGAGCGCGCCCGACUUCGACCGCGCCAAAAAACCAUCGGAAAUUUUCGAUUCCAAGUAUGUGCCCCCUGGACUGAGGCUAGUUAUAGUCCCUGGGCAAGUCAUGGUCCAGUUCCAGACCAUUGCCCAGAAAAACACAGUCAAUAACGUCGAGACUUGCGGAAUUCUCGCCGGAAAAUUGGAAAACAAUCAAUUAAUCAUCACUCAUAUGAUCCUCCCUAAGCAAAAAGGGACGUCCGAUUCGUGCACGACUAUGAACGAGGAGGAAAUUUUCGACUUGCAAGACCAGCACAAUCUUAUAACAAUUGGGUGGAUUCAUACACAUCCGACUCAAACGGCCUUCUUAUCAAGUGUGGACUUGCACACGCACUGUCCCUAUCAGUUGUUGAUGCCCGAGGCUGUGGCUAUUGUUUGCGCCCCGAGAUACAACGAGACUGGAUUUUUUAUUUUAACUCCGGAGUAUGGGUUAAAAUUCAUCGCCAACUGCCGGAAAUCCGGUUUUCAUCCUCACCCUACUAAACCACCCCUAUUUAUGGUUGCCGAACAUGUGAAGAUCGAUCACAGUGCUGAUUUGCAAGUGUUUGAUUUGCGUGCGCAAUAAAGACCAAAGUUUUGUUUUAUUUAUUUGUUUUUGUUGUCUACUGCGAUGUGAUAUAAUAGUUAUAAUAAUGAAAGAGUGUAGGUUUUACAAUUUUUCAUGGUCCACAAAGCUUUGCUUUUAAAAUUUAUUGUACUAUGUAAAAAUGGAAUAAAUACUUUUUACUAUUAA